AUGACGGAAGUUUCAGCAAUGCUGCUCCUCCGCACGAAAGCGAAUGACGCCGGUCAGUACUGGAAGAUUCUCAGGAAGUUCUAUGACCGGACAACCGGGCUUGGGAUGCACAUUGUUCGGGUUCCGGUUGGCCCGAACGAUUUCGCUGUAGAAGGAAUGUUUUAUGACGGGACCGCUCAGAAUGACUUUUCUUUGAAAACCGGGAAGAGACUGGACGCCUCCAGAAUGGCAAUCACUCCGUUUUCACGUGCCAACGUGCUUCCCGUUCUAAAAGAUAUCCUUACGAUCAACCCUGAGAUCAUCCUGUAUCUUGAGUCCUGGGCUUUGCCAUGGUGGAUGAUGCAAGGCAAGUACUAA